AUGGAAUUGGAGUUAAAGAAGUUGAAUGAGGCUGUCACAUCUAUCCACGACGAGAUGUUUUAUCUUCGUGAAAGGUAUAAAUUCAUGGUUUCUGCCUACAAGUUUACCGGCGGUAUUGGUGUCUUUGAUUUGGUAAACAAUGUUUCUCCAUGCGAUCUGACGGGAAUUGGGGAGAUAGAGAUGCAAGUUCUUACCAACGAGACUAACACGAAGAUGUUCACCUUCAGUUUCCUUUCAAUUUUAGUUUGCUUGUCUGUGGCUGGUUUGCAACUAUGGCAUUUGAAGACAUUCUUUGAAAGGAAGAAGCUCCUCUAA